GCCACACAGCCACACGGCACUCGACAUGGCACUGUAAGUGUCGUGUGUUUAUUUGCUUGUGCUAAUGAUUAACUUGAGAAGAGCUAUAUAUGUAUAGGCCUAUAUAUGUUUUAUUAAGAGCUGCAGAUAUGCAGUGGGUCACUCACUUUCACGGUCACGCGUUCCUCCCUCCCCGCGCGCGCGUGUGUGUGUUGUACUAGUUGCUUGACGCGUUCAUUGGUGCGUCCUUUAAACGUGUCACAACUUUUGAUGGAUUACCCCACUUUUGAGUCCUCACUCUUCUCAGUCCACUCACUAGUGCGCAUCUCUCCAAAAGUCUCUCAGGCAUCUUCAACAGGGACAACAUGCUUUCAGUGUCACUCUCGUGGAUCUCCAUCUCCUCGACCAUGUGUGUGUCGUACCUGUGUGCUGAAAGGGGCCACGGCGGGCUCGCGUCCGCGGUGCUGUCCACGCUGGUGGUGCUGAGCGCGCUCACGGCGCAGGGAACGAGCGCGGCCGCCACGGCUGGAGCACCAACCCCCUGCCGGACGUGCAGUCUGCCGGCGAUGGAGAAGGGCUCGGAGGAACGGUACCUGGUCGAACUCGCCAAACAACAGAUUCUGAACAAGCUUCACCUGCGGGAGAGGCCGAACAUCACGCAGACGGUGCCGCGGGCCGCGCUCAUGACGGCGCUCCGCAAGUUACACGCGGGCCGCCUGAGACGCGACGGGACUCUGGAACUGGACAAUAACUUACCGAACCCGGGCGCCGGUAACCAGGCGUACGAGAUAGUCAGUUUCGCUGAUGUCGAUGAUGAAGUCUUUGGUGGAAUUGACGCCAGUUUGUCAUUCCAGUUUCUGCAGGAGAAAGGUCACAGCGUGCAGGUCCUGCAGUCAGCCCUGUGGCUGUACGUGCGCCCAUCUGAUGCUUCUCCGCAUGCUGACCGCGUGAACGCAGAAAUCUACCUGUCGGGGACGGGCGACACCAAUCGCACGCUGCUGCUCCAAAGGAGCAUGGAGGUAACGCGAGGCGGGUGGCAAACGUUCCCCAUUACCAGCACCCUUCAGGCGUUCCUGGACAGAGGCCAGCGGAGUCUCCGCUUGGAGGUGCAUUGUGAAGAAGGAGGACACAACCUGUGUAGCCACGGCGCCUCCAGUGACUCCUCUCACCAGCCAUUCCUGGUGGCACAAGUGCGGCUUCGUGACGAUGCCUUCAAACACGCCCUGAGCAAGCGCUCACUGCGCUGCGGCGACGACCCGAAAGUGUGCUGCAAGAAAGACUUCUACAUCAAGUUCCGUGACAUUCAGUGGCAGGACUGGAUCAUUGCGCCCGAGGGCUACCACAUGAACUUCUGCAUGGGACAGUGUCAGGAGCAUCUGUCGGGGUCUCCGGGCAUCGCGUCAUCUUUCCAUGCAACCGUGUUCAGUCAGCUGAAGGCAAACGGCAUCCACACAGCAGUGUCGUCGUGCUGCGUACCCACCCAGAAACGGCCGCUCUCCAUGGUCUACUUCAACUCGCAGCAUACCAUUGUAAAGACCGACGUCCCGGACAUGAUUGUAGAGUCCUGCGGAUGCACGUAAACAACAAAAAUUCCAUUGGACAUUACAGUAAUAAAGAAGUAAAGACUAAAGACUUAAAAACUUAAGUGGCCCCAAAAAUAUUUGGACUUCAAAAUGUCUGAAUUGCAUUAGAAAAAAUGGGGAUUUUUUGUGGAUGCAUGAAAUCAGUUCCCCUCAAGUCCAAGUUCAUACAUUUCUUAGUGUUACUUAAGUGUCCAAAUACUUUUUGGGGACCACUGUAUACACAAUGUUUGUAACUGCUCUAAGCUAACUUUACCAGGAGUUAAGAUAAACUUAUUCUCUCAUCACAGCUUCCCAUCUAACCAGAUUUACCAGUAGAGCCAACAUGUUAUAGGGGUUUUAUAGAUGGCAAACGCUGAAACACUCAGGGAAAUGAAGGCCACUGUAAAAGCCAUGCCGUGACACACUUCAUUUCUCCACUGUACUGAUUAGUUUGAUCUCUUCUGAGACCACAGAUCUGAACUCAGCACAGUUACCCAACACCACAGGUAAACAUUUAGCUAUUGCCACAUGCACCAGCAAGGUCUCUACUUCAGUAUCUGAUGAAUGUCAUAUGGUAACAGAAAUGAAUUGUGCAUGAAUACAUAUCCAAUCAGAAAAUAAUAUUUCUUCCAUAAUAGUUCUCAAAGCUCACUCGUGACUUUUGUUUGCACCAAGCACCAGCACAUUGGCUUUCUUUUCAAGCUGCUUAUUCAGUUGAGACAGAUACACUUAUUUUUAUUAUAUUUAUAUAGCGCCUUACUAAAAGCAAAAGCAGUAAAUGGACAAAAAUCACCAUUGUGCAUGUUGCAAACGUUUGCUUUGUUUUUAUUUGUCUUUAUAUGUUUUGUCUUGUUAUAUUGUUUUCUUUGAAGCACUUACGCUCCUAUAGAUGCAUAUGAGUUUAGAGAAUCACUGCAUCAAAUGGGUUUUGGGCCGAUAACAUUUUAAUUUCUUAGUCUGGCUCAUUUACAGACAUCUUCCUAAUAUAUUUGGAGGUUUUCACACUUUAUUGCCCAAUAUGUGAAUUUCUAUGAUCUGAAAACUUCAGCGUUAUCUGGAGCUGCACUUUAUGUGUAUUGACAUGAAUUAUGCUGCAGCUUAUGACACAGUAUAGAAACUGUCAUGAGAUUAAUUUCUACAAUUGUAUAAUUUUAAUACAGGAUUAUUUUCUUAUAAGGGAUAGCUUGAAGAUCUGUACUGUACAUUGUAAUUUUGCUGAAUAUGUGUAUUUUUAAAAAAUAAACAUAAAAAAUGUUACUCUGCCUUAAUGAGAGUAUCUG